AAAUCAUAUCGUCAGUGGAAAGGAAAAAGGACUAAAGCGCCAUUUUGGCCAAAAUGAGUUAUAUACAUUGUUGGAUAGGAUUUUUUUUUCUGCGUCGAUCUAUCUAGGUUUCAACUCAAUCCGAUGACUUUUUUGGCGCUUUAGCACUCUGAAAAUUUUAAGUAUUUCUAAAAUCACCGCCCUCGUCGCUGCUAAAACGACGUGUUUUCAGUGUUUUUGCAGCAAGCGUCGUGUAAGUAUUUUUUUGCUAACAUAAUAUUUUUGCUUUCACCACAUUAAGUAUUUUUUUGUUAUUUAAGAACUUGAAUGACUAGUUACUUUAGCAAUUCGAGCUUUUUGAAUUUUAUAGUUCAUUGGUGUAUUAGUAAUUAUUCUUAACUGUUGUUCAAAAUGAUUUGGCGUGUAAGCAAAAGUAAGUGAACAAGAAUCGAUUGGUUUUGGCGCUUUAGCAUUUUUUUGCUGGCUGUUUGUAUUAGUCCUUUAUUAUGUUAGCAAAAAUACUAUGCUUGAGAUUUAAUAUUACAUAAGUGUUAGCAAAAAAUAGCCUUUUCUAUUAUGUUUUAAAGUGUGUUAGCGAAAAUGAGUUUUAAUCAAAGAAUAAAUUAUGGUAGAUAAGUAUUAUUAACAAAGACACAUCAAACACGCUUGUGACUGUAAGCACACAUUACGCACUCGGAUCCUGUCGGGACUUGUCGGUUAUUGUUAUUUAGUCGCCGCCCAGGUCGUCAACGGGAAUCAUCAUAACAAAGUUUGUGCGAGUUAUUGAUUGCAAAUAGGACUGUAUUAUUAGAUUUCAAAUAUCUACGAGUGAUUUUUAGUGUGUCAACUGGAUUGUAAUGUUUAAAGGUCUUCAUGGACAGCAAACGCAAUGUUUAUUUUAAGAAGUACCUUGGAAAGAAGCUAUCCAACCCGAGUACACGAGAUAAUUCUAAAGAAAACCCGCAGGAAGUUAGUAGAAAACGACCAAAACAAAGUAAUCCUGACUUUGUAACCAAACUGAGGCGAGCAAACACAGCAGAUUAUGACAGUAUACAAUCUCAAGAUAACACUAGUUGUUUGGUUGACGACAAUUUGGAUUCUGAGACAACACUUUUUACACGUAACGACGUACCUUCUCAGGACUCCAGUCUUCCAAUUCUUUUGCCGCCUGUCCUGGAGACCAACCCAUCUGAUGACAUGUCUUCUCAGCAUACUAUGGCUCAUAUACUCUCUCAACCUGCUCUGGAAACCUGCAAUCUUGACGAGAUAAGGAUUCAGCACACUCCAGAAUCGAUGCUUAUACAGUCCACAACUUAUACAGGCUUAGAUACUAACGCCACUGGCAACAUGACUGAUCAGUGUAUGUCAUCACUGGAAUUGUUAGAACAACAUGUUUUAGAAACCGACGCAGAUAAGAUAUCUGCCCAGUAUAUCCCUGCUUGCAUGGUCCUACAACCAGCAAUAGACUCCAGCGCUCCUGACGACAUGUCCACUCAGAAUGCUUUGACACCACUUCUGCAACUAGGUACUCUUACCAGCGCUUCUGACGAGACAUCCACUUCACAUACCCCGGCUCUGAAAUCCAUGGCUCCUGACGAGGUGAUGACUCAACAAAUUCCAGGUUCUGAUCUCCUACAAUCCGCCAUAGAGUCCAGCGCUCCAGAUUUGCUCCUUCAACCUACACCUGAAAGUGAAUCUACCUUGCCCACUCAGAUCACACCGAGUUUGAUGCAUCUAAAACCAACAGAAGAAACUGAUGCUUCUUCAAAUCUGACUACUCAUGAUAUACCAGGCCCUCAGACUAACCAAAUUCAGUCUUUGUCUAGAGAGGAGGAAAUCGAAAUUUGUUUGAAUCAAAUAAGAGCAGAUGAUGAAGAAUGUAUUGAUGGUAAACAAGUCAGCAGAAUUACGAUUGAGCUAGAAGAGGAAACAAAACCAAUACCAGAAAAAGAGAAUAACCUGAAGACUAAGAAUAUCUUAAAUAUUGAAGGAAAAUUAGACUCUAGUAAAGUAACAUCUGAAAGUUGUAAAAAAACACGUUCUCUAAAACAAUCUAAAGACAAAACACGUUCUAAAAUAAAAAUUGCAAAAGCAAAUUCUAACAUCAUCAAAAAACCUAAACCUGGCAGUAGUACAAAAACUGAAAAACACAGAAAUGAACAAUCAUUAACUAUGGAAAAAACAAUUGUUGAAGAAAAUUCUGAAAAUGUUAGUGAGAAAAAACCUGAAAGUAGCCGAAGGAUUUCAGCAAAACAUGUUGAUUUUCUAUCUUCAGAUGAAGAAAUAUUCACACUAACCUCUUCCUCCUGGGACGAAUCAGACGAAUCAGACGAUACAGACUCAGACUCACUUGACCAUGAAAAAAAUACAAGUAACAAGAAAGGCAAAAAUCAAAGGAAGAAAAAGAAACAAGUAAAAAGAAGAAAAAAAGUAACUGAAAAGCUAAGCCUUAGCAAAGAAGAUUCUGACACAAACCAACAAACAGGAAAUGAAUCGAUGGACCAAACAAAUUCAAGAAGAAAAAAGAAAAGAACAAAUAAAAAUAAAGAGAGAUCAAUUUUGAAAAAAACUGGCAAAGAGUAUGUUACAAAAAAAGGAAAAGUGGUCAGAGCAAAGACUUUGCAAGCAAAUCCCUGUGCUCCAAAAAAUUGUCCAAACAAUUGUUAUGACAUCAGUGAAGAGAGACGAAAAGGUAUAUUUGAACAUUAUUGGUCUUUAAGUUCAGAAAGACGACGAGAUUGGAUUAUAAGUCAUACGAAGAGAGAAAUUGUGAAACGAAAAAGAACGAAAGAUGUAGAAAGUCGAAGGAAAUUUACAAAUUCUUACUUCAUUAAUGAAGGAGAAGGGAACAAAUCCGUUUGUUUAAAAUUCAUGUUAAAAACCUUGGAUGUUCGUCAAAGGUUUUUAUAUCUAGCGAUCUCUACUUCACAGGAAGGAACCUCUAAUAUCGAUAAAAGAGGUAGAGGAGUACCAGCUAACAAAACGCCUCCUUCAUUGAUGCAAUCUGUGAGAGAUUAUAUCCAGCAGUUACCAGCAGUUCCCUCACAUUAUUGCCGAAAAAACUCCAAAAAAUGUUAUUUGCCACAAGAAUAUAGAAACCUGAGCAACUUAUAUAAAAUCUACAAACAAAAGAACAUUACAGACGAGAAAAGUUUUGUCGGUGAAAAAGUUUUUAGAAAUGUAUUUUUGACAGAAUUUAAUAUUUCAUUCCAUAUUCCACGAAAAGACAAAUGUUGCAAAUGUAUUAAAUAUGAAAAUAGCCCCGGAGAAUUUCAGCAAGAAAAGGAGAUGCACAUGACAGAUAAAGAGGAAACAUAUUCAAGAUUCGGAAUACACCAAGCACUUCGCGAACACAAUAAUAAUGUACUUUGUACUACGUUCGAUCUCCAGAAGGUAUUAAACACACCUUAUGGACAAAGCAUGCUGCUUUAUUACAGUAGAAAGAUUGCAACCUACAAUUUGACAUUUUACGAGUCCAUAACAAGAGAAGGAUUUUGUUUCCUAUGGAAUGAAGUAGAAGGGAAGCGUGGGGCGAACGAAAUUUGUACUAUCCUAGCAAAGUAUAUUCAAAAAGUGGACGAACGCAAAUCUAUUCAACAUUUGCUUUUAUAUUGCGAUGCUUGUCCUGGCCAAAACCGCAAUAAAAUUGUUCUGGCCUGCAUUCACAAGUGCCUGCAAAGAUGCAAGAAUAUCACAACUAUACAAAUAAAUUAUUUGCUGCCUGGGCACACAUUUAUGCCAGUGGAUUCAAUGCACUCGGUAAUUGAAAAAAGUGUUACAAACACUAUUGUAUGGGCGCCGUCUCAAUGGCCUACAGUAUGUGCCCUCGCAAGAAAAUCUCCCAAACCCUACGAAGUAGAAAUUUUAUAUCACGAAGAUUUUGAGGGGUGGGAUGUGAUUUCAGAAAAAUAUUUUAAAGGUAAUCUUACUGGUAAAAUUAGCAAGAUUCGCAUAGCUACAUUUAAAAAAAAUCGCACCAACCACGUCGAAGUCAAAUACUCUAUGAAUAUUGACGCUGAAACCGAAAAUGUAGAAGUCCUAGGUAAAACCGAAGUGAUGCCUAAGAAAAUCUAUUAUUCUAAACUGCCUAUUUCAAAAAAGAAAUUUUCCGACUUGGAAAAAUUGUGUAAUAAUAAAACGAUUCCUGCAUUGUACAUUCCAGAAUAUAAAUCAUUGCCUCAUGCAGCAAAUGUUCAAGAUGUUUUGCCAGAUACAGAUAUAGAAGAUGUUCAAGACUGAUUUUUAUAAGUAUAUUGCUUUGCGGUGCAUUACCAAAAUCACUAUGAUUAGAUCUCAUAUUA